UGCCGAAAACAAUCCGGAGAUACUGCACUUCCAAGCGACGUACGUAGCCAAGAGCCCCAUAAUCCCCAUGCACCUUCACUGCCUAUCAUCGACGAAUGCGGUGGUAUUAUAAAAACCUAACCACUGCGCCAAUGAUCAGUACUACACCACAAAUUCAUCAUCAUUCUUAUCAAACACCAGUUUCAGGAAAGCGAACAGUGAUGUCGAUGGAGCAGCUGGUUAUGAUCCGCAAAGUACUCCUACUACCGGCGGUCGUUCUGCCGACGGUAGUACUGAUACAAGAUUCUGCAGCAGAUGAUGAUGAGGAUUAUAACCCUGUGACGGUUCAUGUUACCAACAAGUUGAGCAGCAGAAUGGCGCUGAUGGUGCAUUGCCGAUGCGGAUACGUCGACCUUGGCGCUCGGGCGGUUGAGGCCGAUUCCAAUUACAUGCAGUUGGGGUUUCUGGCCAAGGCGUAGGCGUGGCUAUCCAGAUGGGAGGGGUUUUGCGUGCCACCUCGCAUUUCAAGAUAAGCGUCUUGAUUUCACAACAUUCGCCAGGUUUGGAGAUUUAGAAGACGAUGUAUUUGAUGAUGGAGUUUAUGGGACUAGCUCGGAUGGUGGGAGGGAAGCAACGACUUUCUGAGUGGAGGAGGUUGAUUUAGCUGUACAGUGUCAAAAUCGACGUUGGUUCCAUCAUAUUCCAUCAAAAUAGUUAUGAGUUUUUUUUUUAACCUUUCUAAUCAUCCUUAAUUGUUAGGAAGUUAGUUUACACUACAAAAAAAGGAGCUAUACCAAGGGUUUUAUUGGCCUGUAGCAGGGGUUUUAACCCCUGCUAUAAAUUGUAGCAAGGGUUUGUAAAACCCCUGAAUCAACCCUCACCUAUGCUGUCCCUGCUAUGGAUAGCAAGGGUUUUGAGAAACCCAUGGUGGAAGUACCAUCCAGGGGUUUUAGCAUGGGUUAAAACCGCAGCUACUCCUAGCUAGGGGUAGAACCCCUGCUACAUGACAGUUCAAAAUCCAACAAAGAAAUGUUCAUACCAAGG